GCGGGUAUCGGACACCACGGCCCUGAGAUACAUUGCUGUCUUGUGGGGUCUUUGCACGACCAUUUGUGACCUCCGUUUGCUGGUGGACUCCAUCUCACAAGUUCAUUUUCAUUUGUGGAACGAGUUCAUGCUGGCUGGCGUCCUCGAACACCUGUCCUUCGUGGAGUUUCAUAUGUUGCAUCUGAGCCUGAGGAGUUGUGCAGGCCUCGACCUCAUCAACGACUGGUUCCGUUGCAUCGGAUGCGACACUCCCCUUGAGGAGGAGACGUCUGAAUCGGACGGUUCUCUACAUGAUUCCAUAGGCCCUGCGGAUGAAGUUGCAUUUUUGUGUGCAGAAACUUCGGACAUUCUACAUGCAUCCAUUCAAGGCAGGCCGGCUUGCAAUUGCCGAGGGGCCUUUCGGGUGAUCACUCAUCCAUCUAGCAAAGCUCGGUUAUCUGCGAUGGAGAAAAUUCGCGAUCCAUCCGAGGUCCGAACCGCCCUCCAGUUCCUCUACGACACAGACGUGCAGCAAUUGUCGUCUGUGAUCAGGGGAGGACCGGACUCAGGACGAUCCAAGCUGCUUCUGUCUCUUACAUUGAGCACAGAUGCCAGCUUGAGAUUCCAUUACGAGAAGGGCAGUGGAAAGAGUGCUACAUCGACCCGGACGACUGACAACAGUACAUCCACUGAUCCGGUUUCUGGACAGACAGCUCCCUCAAAUCCAUUGCCCUCUCCAGCAGCUGGUACAGACUCCACAGCACCUGGCUACAUCGAGCACGGAUGUCCCAGUGCAGAGCUCUGCAAGCCAGGGCACAGGUGCUAA